CGCGGGGCAGAUCUACUGCUCUCUCGCGGUGGACAGUGUCAGAGCGAAGGAGAGUCACGACGAAGAUGGUCUCAAUAAGCGGAGUUCCCUUCUCGGAUAGCCUUUGUUGGUACUGAUUCGGAGUGGACUCCUGGAUAACUCGGAUUCGGAUUCGGAAUGAUGUUAUGAAGACCGCCAGAGAUGACUGAUGUGGAACCUGUCGUCUCCGACUUUGCAGCCACGGGCAGGACUGGCCGGAGGAAUGCAUUGCCAGACAUUUUAGGUUCCACGGCUGGUCGUGGAGCCGAUGACCUGCCUAAUAAACUAGCCGAGCUUUCGGUAGGAGAUGAUGGAGAACAGGGAGGAGAGAGCUCAUCCUCAUCCGAUCCACCUAAAGAGACCACAGAGGAACAGAAGGGAGAGGGGUCAUAAUUCAACAUGGACACAGCCGUGAUCAGACCACAAUCGAGACUCUCACGUGACCUGCCUCCACUCUUGCCCCAUUGACCAAACAACUGUUACACUCUGUGCUAUGCAACAUCAAGACCACCUAUGAUUGGCAGUCAGAUAUGGACCAGUGAGAAACAACGGUUUCCUAUGAGAACAAUUCAUAUGAAGUUUUGUUUUUCAACUAUUUACAAAGUUCAUUUCGUACUUUGUUAAAUUUGACUUCGCUUUCAUCGUUUUCCUUAAAGGCCGGCUGUUUUGAGUGUCAUGAAAACACUUUCUUUCCUAUUUUAAAACUAUAUGUUUUCCAUUUGAGUGUUUUUCUCUGAAUGUUGAUGCGUAGUGGCAAAUUGUCUUUUAUUGCACAAAAAAGUAAAUACAUUCCAUUUGGUGAUGUAAGUGACGUUUUUUUAUCUUACAAAACUUGUCAGUCCUUGUACAGUAGGCCCACACCACAUCGUCUGUGUUUUUUUUUUUAUCGUAAAGAUAUGCAUUGGUAACAUUUUAGCCAGAGGAGAUGAAUCAGUGCUUAAUAACAUGAGACAUAUUUUCUUCUUGUAAAUACAGAAUUGUACAUUAUAUUUGCUAGUUUUGUUUAAAAGCCUUCCAUCGUGUGUAUGUGUUACUUGCUGUUCGAUGUUGCCGUACGCUGAAUCGGAAUGGUUAGUCGUCUGAUGUAUUUCUGCAAACAUUUGUGGUUUCAUUCGUUCAUCAUGUUAAAGUGCUUGUCACAGAUAUUUCUUAAAUGUUGUUCAUGGCGAAGGAAAAAUUAAUCGUGGAGAAGUGUCAUUCCUUUUUUAUCAUUUUGAAAGCUCUCAUGGUUCCAUCAGAUGCUGUGAUUUAUUCAGGGAUAACUUUUUUUAAGCUGGUCAUAAUGCCUAUGUCACUAUUGUAUGAUGUAAGCCACAAAUGAAAUGCAGUUAUGCUUAAUGACAAUAAAUCCUGUGCUUAGUUUAUGUAGUAUUAGUUUUUUUGCCCAGCAGAGGGCACUAAAGGCAUCU